AUGGCAAUAAUGGUAGAUAAUGUCUAUGGAAGUUGUUUACAAGUUAAAAUACUUUCAGCUCAUUCAGUAUUUGAUAAAACACAAGAUGUAGUAGUCGAAAUGCAAUAUAAUAACACUAGUAAUGAGAUAAUAUCGAUUUAUAAAUGGUGUUUACCAAGCAAUGAAUUAAAUGAUCCAUUAUUCAAAGUAACUUGUAAUAAUGUUCCAGUGAGAUAUGUUGGUCCACUUAUCAAACGACGUGAACCAACUAUUGAAGAUAUGACACCUCUAGAACCUGGUAAAACAAAAAUCAUUCAAGCUCGAUUAUCAUCAGCAUAUGAUAUGACUAAGACUGGUAUAUAUUCAAUUCAAUAUGAUAUGCCAGCUGAACGUGUUGUCUUCAAACAUGCUCGAACAUUCGAGAAUGUCCUUUUUAGGACUAUUAGUAAACGUCAUUCUGGUCUUGAGUCAAAUAAUAUUCAGUUGAUCAUCGAAGAUCGUCUAAAUAUUCAACGUGAACAAAAUAGAAAUAUGAAUGUGAUUAAAAGAGCAGCUACUCUUUCAUAUGUUUCUUGUUCGAUAAUCCAGAAAUCUCAAAUAACCAAUGCGGUCGCUUGGGCUCUUAAGUAUGCUGAUAAUUCUUUUAAUUAUUUGAAUAAGACGAAACCUAGUGGAACAAAUCGCGAUAAGACUUGGUUUGUUCGAAGAGAAUCACUUUCGAUUGUGGGUGCAAUAAUGCUAGCCCGUAUGCUGGGACGUAUGCCUAUGUUUUGGUCCGCACCGAUGACAGGCACGGACUCAAAGGCUGGCACACUGAUUCAUGAAACUUCACACUUCUCAGUCAUUGUUGGUACCUAUGAUUAUGCAUAUGGUAAGAUGGCAUGCACGAGUCUGGCAUUAAGUGCUCCAUCACAAGCAAUUAUGAAUGCUGAUAGCCAUGAAUAUUUUGCCGAAAAUUUGCCUGUGCUCUUGUGA